AUUGUUAGAGCCUACUAAAGUACAUACAAGUACUAUAUAAACCAGUCCCUCUUAUCAGUAAAGUCUAUCACUGAACAUGGCAAAAACCAAAUGGAUGCAUAUGAGCGGACCCGCGAAUCAUACGGCAUGGCGAUAUCUUGCUUAUCGCCAGCCUCAGGCCUUCUAUUAGGGCUUCUCACACAAUCCUGGUCAAUACCGAGUAGAAUCAUCCCGCAGCUGAGACGUCAAGUUAGGGCUGCCGCUGUCAUGUGUGCCAUGUAGAUGCGACAUCAGUCAGUUGUUUUUGUAUUGAUUAUUGCAAUGCGAUAGCGAGGGUAAACAAGGGAUGUACAGUACAAUUGAUAUUACAACAACACCUACCAUAUGCAGAAUGUCGAAUGCCAGUCCAGAUGAUGUAUUGAGCCAAACCCAAGCCAACCGAUCUCUUUGUUUCAUCUGCAGAACCGAUCCUUUCCCGAAUAGGUUACUAUUUGGAGAGACUUGGAUCGCUCAGUCCGCUGCAUCAGAACUGAUAAGAACCCUCGAUCUGACCGGUUACAUGGUGGCUUGCGUACAGGUUUGUCAUGGCUUUAUGAUUCAAUUCCUAUCAUGUCUGUCAGCAUUCUGCCCGUUUAGGUAUACAGAUGGAGAUUCUUUGCUGCGCGCAGCCAUGUUGAUUAGAGCUACAGGUAGAUUCACGGUCCUCGGCCGUCUCCAAGGUUGCUGAACUAUGCAGUCAUAGACUAGUAUAUAGAUAUGUAGAUGGCCUGCUAUACAGUAUACAGUAGCGUUGUUGCAAUUCGGUUCCUUCGCUUCAGUUUCUACUAUCUUUGCCGCUAGAAUGUAUGAAAGACUCACUCACAAUGCCUCCGACGAACCAACCGAAUACACAUCUCUCAUCCCUAAACCUGCGGACGAGCCCUAUGAGCAAGAUUGCGACGAGGGCCCUGUCGCAAGGCAGUACCUCAAGGAAUUUUGGCAUCUGUUGAAGGACUCCAUCCCGGUCAUUCUGGCGUACACACUCCAGAAUAGCCUUCAAACUGUAUCGGUUCUCGUCGUCGGACGCUCGUCCGCCGAGAACCUCGCCACUGCGGCCUUCUCGUUGAUGUUUGCCAUGAUCACGGCCUGGAUGAUUGCUCUCGGAGGAACCACCGCUCUCGAUACCCUAGCGUCCUCGUCUUUCACAGGUAGCUCGAACAAGCACGACCUAGGCAUCCUGCUGCAGCGGGGGUUCUUUGUCCUCACCCUCUUCUACAUCCCUAUUGCUAUUCUCUGGGCCUGUUCGGAACCGGUUUUCUUGCUCCUCGGCCAGGAUCCACAACUUUCCAGACACAGUGCGCGGUUUUUGACCUGCUUGAUUCCCGGUGGGUUGGGAUACAUCUACUUCGAGUUAAUGAAGAAGUAUCUGCAAGCGCAGGGUAUUAUGCGCCCCGGUACAUACGUCUUGCUGAUUACAUCACCUCUCAACGGACUGCUCAAUUAUCUCUGCUGUUACACCUUCCAGAUGGGCCUGUUGGGCGCCCCCCUCGCCACUGGUCUCUCCUACUGGCUCUCAUUUGCUCUGUUGGUGCUCUACGCCCGGUUUAUUGCCGGCUCCGAAUGCUGGGGCGGGUGGUCGCGCGAAUCCCUCCAGAACGCCGGCACUUUCGCCCGGCUCGCCAUCCUGGGCGUCAUCCAUGUCGGCACGGAAUGGUGGGCCUUCGAGAUCGUAGCACUGGCCGCUGGACGCCUAGGAACCAUCCCACUCGCCGCGCAGAGCGUUAUCAUGACCGCCGAUCAAGUGCUCAACACGAUCCCAUUCGGGGUAGGCGUGGCCACGUCGGCACGCGUGGGUAACCUUCUCGGUUCGCGAAACGCCCGCGGGGCUGCUAUAGCAGCCAAUACGGCGGCGUGGCUCAGCAUGGUCCUGGGAGGGGUGGUUCUGGCCGUGCUGAUGGGGACGCGGGAGCAUUUCGCGCGAAUCUUCAACUCCGACGAGCGUGUGGUACGACUGACGGCCGAGGUGUUGCCGUUCGUGGCCCUGUUCCAGAUUGCUGACGGCUUGAACGGAAGCUGCGGUGGCAGUCUGCGUGGGAUGGGUCGGCAGCAUGUGGGUGCCUUGGUCAAUCUGGUCAGUUACUACGGCGGCGCGUUGCCCCUUGGCAUCUGGUUGGCGUUCCAUGGCUGGGGACUGAAGGGCCUCUGGGUGGGACAGUGCAUCGCGCUGUAUCUGGUGGGGGCGCUGGAAUGGACGAUUGUGGGCUGGAGCCACUGGGAGAAGGAGGUUGAUCGGGCAUUCUUUCGGAUGGAUGAAAGUGAGCGGGUGGGAGUGUAGGCAAGGGGUUGCUAGAGACGGCUUCUCUUUGUAGUGACUGAAAUAGGAAGCUGAGAGGAGACGCAGUGUUAUCUUGGCUUAUGUGCCCCAGACGGAGUGAUCAGAUGUAUUUCCGAGGACAAUCCUAAAAUGCAUGAUUUCAUUGAAUGAAGAGAAGAGACG